AAGGAGAAACCAAAACAUUGGCCAGUUAGCUUAACUCUUCGGAAAAUAGCUCUCUAGCUAAGCUAACCUAUGAGUCGCAAAAGAAACCAGACUUUCGCUGAAACGAGCCUGUCUCCUGAACUCCACGGCGCCUUCAUGGAGCCUCCCGGGUCAGCGAACCGAGCCGACGGUGAUUUCCUGGAGCUGGAGCCCGACGAGGAGCUGCUGUGCUCGGUCAGCGACAUCACGGAGCACCUCGGCAGAAACAUCACCGUGGUGCUGGAGACAGCGCUGUCUGAGAUCCGCAAAAUGGUCAGCAUCAGGAUACGAGUCCUGAAAAUGGAGCUGCGCGAGAAAAGCGAAGAAAUUGAGGAGUUAAAGGCGAGACUGGAUAUAGUCCAGAGGGAUGGCAGGGAACUUUCCUCCAUGGAGCCGUCUGCUGAUGCUGCCUACAAGAAACACGACUUCACUUCCACCAAUAAACACAACAGUGUGGACCCCAGGAGAGCCAAGACUGUCAUGCCAACUGUAAAGAAGGAGAAUACAGCGGAGGAUGCUAUUUGCGACCAUCUGAUGAAAGACAAGAACUCGAGGGGGUGUGCUGAAAUGGACAGAGACCAGAGUAGUCAAGCCAGCGGCUGCAGGGAGGCUCACCAAGACCUGCACGCACCCAACCUUCAGCCAAACAACAGCAUGGCUGUAGACUCCAAGUCCACCACAGAUGACCUCUUCAGUAUGAUCCCCUCUGGCGGGAAGCAGAUGUACGUCUAUGAAAUAGUAGUACCAGUGGAGUAUUCCUCAGACCUGAAAGUCGUGAAGGACCCCGAGUGUGAGAGCAACCCAAUCGCUGAGACAGAGGAUGAUGAUGAUGAUGAUGAUGAUGAUGAUGAGUUGUCAAGGACCGGACUGGAGCAGGACCAGGACCCGCUCUCACACGUCCAGCCCUCUGAGUUCUCCACGGAGCCCCAGAGUUCUCCAGGGGAGGGAGGGAGUCCGCCGGAGGGCAGCACAGACAGGCCUGUGGCAGACCAUCAGCUUCCGGUCCGCACCUACCUCUGCGCUCUGUGUGGAACCUUCUGCCCUGACUCCGUGUUCCUAGAGGAACAUGUCAAAAUGAUACACUCAGACUCUGCGGGACACAUGGAAGAAGUUUUCCUUCAAUCAAACAAGUCCUCAGCCAAUGACGUGACGUUAGUUUUGCCACAGAUCCCGCCCCCGACCAACCAUACAGACAGUGCUUUGUUGAAAAGACCAAGAGGAAUAAAGCGGAAGAGGAAAGCUGGGGCUCAUCCUCCAAGGAAUUCAAUAGACCCACUGAAGCGAGCUGCCUCCCCCUCUUCUCUCUCCAUCCAGCACACUCCAGCAACAACUCUCACCCCCUCCGCACCCAAGAUUUUCAAAGAAAUUUGCAGCAUACUCCAUCUGUCCUCUGGUGGGAAAAAGAAAAGGAUUAAAGUCACAGUGGAGGAACUGGGUCGCCGGGUAGGCCCUCCAGAAUACAUGUCAUUUUCGUCCAUAGCGACGUACCUAAGGACAGAUAAUAACGCAAGGAAAGAACUUCACAUCCAGCUGGAAGAAGCUGGGAUUAAACCCACGCAGUCUACAGCCGAGAUAUCCCUGUUUUCUCGGCUUUGUGAAGAAGAGGUAGAUGCAUUAUGUCAGAGCCUCGCUGGCCUAGUUCGAGACCAUCUUCCCUUUGAAGGUCUCCAUAUCAUUCCUACUGCCAACGAUGAGGUGGUGACUCUUGGGAGUUUGUCGGAGUUCCGGUCCCACCUGAGGACAGCCAUGGCAGCCAUCAUGGAAAGAGUGGAAGCUGUGGACCUUGCCUCCCAUGGCUUCAUGUCCAAAGUGUUGGUCAUCACAUUGUCCAUAUUUGAAAAAUGUUUGGAUAACCAAAGCAACUCACCGGUAAAAACUGCCUUCCCAUCCACCAGCACCCAGCGACAGCCAGCACCUAUCAAGCCCUCUUCUUCGUCCGCCAAGCACACUGAAACAGCGACUCCUGCCUCCUCCACACCAAAGAUUUUCAAAGAAAUUUACAGCAUACUCCCUUUGUCAUCUGGUGGGAAAAAGAAAAGGAUUAAAGUCACAGUGGAGGAACUGGGUCGGCGGGUAGGCCCUCCAGAAUACAUGUCAUUUUCGUCCAUAGCGACGUACCUAAGGACAGAUAAUAACGCAAGGAAAGAACUUCAAGUCCAGUUGGAGGAAGCUGGGAUUAAACCCACGCAGCUUACAGCUAAAAUGUCCCUAUUUUCUCGGCUUUGUGAAGAAGAGGUAGAUUCAUUAUGCGAAAGCCUUGCUGUCUUGGUGCGAGACCAUCUUCCCUUUGAAGGUCUCCAUGUCAUUCAAGAGGCAGAAGAUGAGGUGGUGACUUUGGGGAGUCUGUCAGAGUUCCGGUCCCACCUGAGGACAGCCAUGGCAGCCAUCAUGGAAAGAUUGGAAGCUGUGGACCUUGCCUCGCAUGGCUUCAUGUCCAAAAUGUUGGAUAUCAUAUUGUCCAUAUUUGAAAAAUGUUUGGAUAACCAAAGCAGUUUGUAUUGAAAAUGCAAAUCUUGGA